UCUCACACAUCGCCAAGCUGCAGAACAGAGUGUGUGAGUGAGUGGAUCGGUGAAUCGCUCCGGAGCGCACUCAGACCAGUCCACACCAGACCAGAGCACAGUUAGAGCCGAGCACGCAAGGCAAUAGUGGGUGAACGGAGGGACGCGCACGUUAAGAGCGGAGCGGAGCGCACCGACAGGGUGGAGAAGCACGGAGGCUUCUCCACCGAACGCAUGAGCGGCACCGCUGAAAGGAUGCUGUGAAGCCGCUUCGUGGUUGUGGAGCACCGGGGAGUGCACGCCGCACCGCUCCUGGUUCAGUUCUUAUAAACUGACGUCCUUCUUGGAGAAUCGUGUUAAUGGACUUUCAUGUAACACCUUGGACUUUUGGUUUUUAAGCCUGCUGAAACGUUUUUUUUUUAUUUUUUUAUCAAAGGACACCGGUGCGCAGAAAUUUGUCAAAAACAGACACGCACACCGCCGCACACUGACUUUUCUUUCUGUUCUUAUUUCCAGUAUGGAACCAUACGUUAAAAAUCAUUCUGGGACAUUUUACACCGGGCUGGAAUAAGGGAUUAAACGAGGAAAAGCAGUAAUUUCUUCGCUGAUCUCCUCAAAUCUCGUGCGCUCUUUCCGUUUUUCCCCGAGCUGUUUUUUGUUCGCCUCAAAGAAUUGUGCACAGAGAACAAUAACUUUCAAAAGUCGUCACUGUUGUGCAAAUUUUAUUUUUUGUACCAUGAAUAACUAAAAGAAAGAGCAGACAUUUUCACGUAUUAAUGCUGGAACAAACGAGCUGUUUCCGUGCGUAUUUGGACACUGUUUGCCUCCUCUCUGCUCCGCGUUCUUGGAGAAGUAAAAAAAAAAACUCCCUUUUGAUUCCCAGAAAUGACAACUUAUUUGGUGAGUUUUAGCAUUUAAAGUCUACUAAACACAUAAAUCAUUAGUUUGUGUAUCGUUUUUUUCUCCCCUUUUUCCUUUUGGGGACAGACGGAAAAAUACAGUGUGCGCCGAUGUCUGGCAAACUGGCCGUCAUGUGGGAUUGAUUGCUGAGGAGUAUGUUUGGGCUGGAGCAGUUUGGUUCUCAAAUUAAUAGCAGAAACCCUGGCCAGUCAGAGAGAAACAUAAACCAACAAAGACUGAACAUGGGUUCACAUUAUAAAAGCCCAGGCUUUCAUGCUGGAGGCCCACCUGGAGCUGUGGAGUCCGGCAUGGGCCCCAUGAACGAGUCCCAAAUGCUGGGGCUCAAUAUGAACAUGAAUGGAGAGCCGUAUAGUGGGUUUCACCCUCGGGGACACCCAGACAUGCAUACAGGGGGUGGACUCCAGCAGCAGCAGCAAGGACCCAUGCAUGGAUUUUUUAACAACCAGCAACCUCAUCAAGGACACCCCCAUGCCCAUCAAUCUCACCCCCACCAACAUCAUCCUCAUUUCGGUGGGAAUUUUGGAGGCCCAGAUCCUGGGUCAUCAUGCCUACAUGGAGGCAGGCUGAUGGGUUACAACAGCAAUGCCAUGGGACCACAGCAAGGCUUUGGAGAGGGUUUCGAUCCUCUUACUGAGGGGCAGGCAGGUGAAGGCUUUCCCCAGCAACAGCCACAGCAGCAGAGGCCUUCUAACAUACCUGAAUUCCAACAUCAUGGCCCCCCCAGCGGCAACCAUCCUGUCCCUGCUCCCUGUCUUCCCCUGGACCAGUCACCUAACAGAGCAGCAUCUUUCCAUGGCCUUCCAUCCUCUUCAUCUACGUCAUCUGAGCCUCAUGCUAUGGAGCCUCGACGGAUGCCAAACCAGGGAGCCGUGGAAGGACUAGAGUACAACUUCCCAAGCGAGCCUCCAUCUGGACAUUUUGAUGUACCUGUGUUUUCCCCAUCAGAGUCAGAAUCUCAGCUACCACAUUUUGGGCCAGGCAGGCCAGUUCCUGGUGGAGCGUUCCCAGGGAGCACUGGCAUGCCUCGGACACCGGGUAUGCAGGGCAUUUCUAAGGGACACCAGCCACCACCGCAGGCCCAGCAACCUCAGCAUGGAGUGUUUUUUGAGCGUUUUGGAAAUGGCAGGAAGAUGCCCGUGGGAAUGGAGCCGGGGGUCAAUGUGAGACAUCCCCUCAUGCAGCCGCAACAACAGCCUGGCUUAAUAGCUAGGCAGAACUCGUGCCCCCCUGGCCUCCCCCGACCCCCUCAGGCUGAGCCCGGCAACACUAACCCCAACAUUCUGGACGGAGGGGUCAUGAUGCCUGGCCAACAUAACCAGUUUGAAUAUCCUAUUCACAGACUGGAAAAUAGAGGUUUGCACCCCUAUGGGGACCCCAUGUUUAAUAUGCAACAGCCAGCUCCUCCUCCCUCUCAGCAGCCCCCAAAUCAGAGGCUGCAACAUUUUGACUCUCCUUACAUGAAUAUGGCGAAAAGGCCCAGAUUUGAUUUUUCUAAUUCACAUGGUGGGGAAGGUUGGUGUGGCAGUAUGGAUAACCACCUCUCUCCCUCAGCUUACCCCGGCCUUCCAGGAGAGUUUACCCCCCCUGUAAAUGAAGGUUUUGCACCGGGUCCCCUGCAGCAUCCAGGCCCUGAACCACAGUCUCUGCAGCAGCGCCAAAAUGCAGCCAUGAUGAUAAAACAGAUGGCCUCUCGCAACCAGCAGCAAAGAAUGAGGCAGCCGAGUCUUCAGCAGCUAGGUCACCAUGGUGACGUACCUCCUGUCCCGAUGGCUCAUGGAGGUCCAGUUGGGAACAUGCCUCAGCCCAACUUUGACAGAGAGAACAGUGGCAGAAUGCCCAACAUUGAUGGACAAAAUCCUCAUGUAACUCAGGAGAACUCCUGGUUUCAGGGGUCCCACCCUCCUGGAGAGAUCAUGUCACGGCGUAUGGGUGGGGCAGGUAAUGAGUCUGGGCCUAACGACAUGGGGCUCCAACAGAAUGGGGCCGGGAUGAUGUUCAGGCCCAGCAUUGGUAUGCAGGAGCCCAUGAGAAUAGCAGGAGAUGGACAUGUGCAGACCCUUCAUUCUCCAGGCAUGCACUCACAGUUUAGUGGAAACAUGGGUAACCUCUCACAAAUGCAGUCUCCAGGAGCUGGAGGAGGACAUCCAAAUGCAUCAGCAGAAAGGCGACCAGCUGAUUUCCCUGCACCUCCGAUGGGAGCACAGCCAACGUUUCCCUAUGGAGGGGCUAACCGCCAGGGGCCGCCUCACAAUGCUCCCCAGGGGGUGAGCACCUCACCAGGGAGCUACCCUCCACAGUCUGAGUUCCCCUCAGGCCAGCGGUCGUCUGUUAGUAAGCUUGGAGCUCUGUCCCUUGGGAAUUUCAGCAAAACCACCGCUAAAGACAGUGUUUUCGGUCAGAGCUGUUUAGCGGCCCUGUCCACGGCCUGCCAAAACAUGAUCGCUAGCCUGGGGGCCCCCAAUCUUAAUGUAACAUUCAACAAGAAGAACCAAAAUGAGGGCAAGCGAAAACUAAGUCAGACAGAGCAGGACAUUAAUAGCAGCACAUCUAAUGGGACUGGAAGUGCUGGUCCUGAAUAUUUUCAGAGCAGCACUUCCCAGAACACCCAGAUGCCUGGCACCGGGAAUAGCAACUCUAAGCCUGUAAGUCAAAGCCAGACGGUGCAGGGGGAAGCCAGUGCCCUCUCCCCAAACUACAACAUGGACGCUACCCCGUGCAGUGAGGGGAAGGCAACAACAGGGAGUGGGAGAGGGAGAGGGAGGAGAAAAAGAGACAGUGGACAUGUGAGCCCUGGAAUUUUUUUUUCCUCUGAUAAUGGUAACCCUGUUGUAAGUCCAGGCCAGCAGACCCCCUCGGCUGGCGUUGGGGAGAGGGGUGGGGGCACGCCUCAUGAAAAACACCUUCAGUCUCCGUCUUGGGGCAAAGGAGGUGACCUAAUGUUGGGGGAUCAGGCUGACCUUAUGUCUUCUUUAGACAGCGGGAUUCAAAGUGUUGCUGCCAAGUCUGACAGUAGUUCACCAAGAGUGGACUUUCCUGACGAUGUCAGCACCCACUAUGGCAACGAAGAUGAGGUGUCAUCCAGCUCGGAUGCAGGAGGGGCUUCUGCCACCAAGUCUAAUCGCAGCCCUAUGGUCACAGGCUCACCCAAAAUGCAGCGGAGCGAUCACAGUUUAUUAAAUGGACAAAACCCCCUUGGCAUGGGCAUAAACAAUCAUACUACCUCAGCACCAGACAGCUAUGGACUGAAUGCUGGUGCGGGCACAGGGGCGAGUGGGGUGAGCCACCCGGGCACUCCUGGGGUGGAGCAGGUACGCACCCCAUCCAGCACCUCGGGCCAGGAAGAAAUUCACCCUCUGGAGAUCCUCCAGGCACAGAUCCAGCUGCAGCGGCAACAGUUCAGUAUCUCAGAAGAUCAGCCCCUGGCCAUGAAGAAUGGCAAAAAGAGCAGUGACUGUCCCCAGCAGAAUGGAGACAAUGAGCUGCCAGGCUGCAGCCCAGAUGCGGGAAAGGGCUCAAUGGGCACUAUUGACCUUGACACCCUCAUGGCAGAGCAGCAUGCCACCUGGUACGUGCCCAGUGACAAGGCCAUGAUGGAUGGGUCAGAGGAUGACAAGGCCAUGGGACCCUGGGAAAAAAAUAAAAACCAAAACAGUAAAGAAGAAUCCGAGCUCUCCCAGAGUAAGACCGGAGCUGCGGCCCCUGGAGCGGGAGGAGGAGGUGGAAGCAGCGGCGGGAACCACCUGCAGUGCCUGUCCGUCCACUGCACAGACGAGCUGGGGGACAGCAAGGGCCGAGGGGGUCCAGUCUCCUCUUGGCGCUCCAUCCACUCUGACAUCUCGAACCGAUUUGGGACUUUUGUGGCGGCUCUGACUUGAGUAACAAAGAAAAAAAAACAGCCUUGGAGGAGGAAGGAUACAAAACCAGAAAAAAACUGAAGGACAACAUCAGAGACAAAAAAUAAAUAAAUAAAAAUAAUGAUAAUAACAAUUUUUCGAUGAGACAGCUGUGUGCGACUCUUGCCUGUUCAGGGAGAGAGACAUUUCAGCUCAUAAACGCAAAAACACAAACGCAAGUUACAUGAACACACACAAAGAAACAAAUGCCAUGUUUUUUGUUUUUUUGUUUCUUUUAAACACAUGCAGUCACAAGUUCAAAUUCUGCUGGACAAUAAAACGUGGGGCCGACACAAUCCCACAUGUUGAAAACCUCAAAUCCACUUAUUUCUUUCUCUUUUGAUUUCAUUGUUGAAGAAAAAUAAGGACACAUUAAAGGAGGAGACUAGAAAAGCAGGAGAAACAGAGGAACAGAUAUCAGUUGUCAUUGGCUUUGAUUGUAUACCUGUGUUUAAGUAUUGGUGAUGUGACCUCGACUUCAUUGCUUUUUACUCUGUUGCUUAUGCAGCCCGUCUGCUUUUACCUCAGUUAUGGCUACACCUCUAAAGUUGACCUUAUUCUUCCGGGUGGGGACAUGUUUGACCAAUGGUGGGCUAAAUCUUCUCUUACAAGGCCUGCAGAUUCAUUAGUUGAAGCCAGAACACAAUGAAAUGCAGCCAGAAGAAGGCUUGAGGGGCAAUUAUGCAUGAAUGUACCUCAGCAUUUAUUAUUUUUGUGAACUCAGAUUUUCUUGACUUUGUCAAAGCAUUUUUGAACCUAUAUCAUUUGCUGCUCCCUGUCAUUGAACUCGUAUUUCUCUUUUAGUUGAUUUGCUGAGAAAGUCUUUUUUUCUCUAUUCUUUGCUGUACAUCUUGUAAGCUCAACCACUUGUAUUCAAUUCAGCCAAUGGGAACUACAAACAACAGGAGGUGAAGGGGUUUGUUUGAUAAGGGAAAUGAAAAAUAAAAAAAAUACUAUUGGUAUUGCACAUGUAUAUUAAGAGAACAUUUUGCUGUGUGUUAGGCAAUCUUGUAACCUUUAAAUAAAGCUUCUGUUGAAUUUGAAUUUUUUGAACAAUAGAUGGAGGACUGUGACGGCAAUUUACAAACAGGUUUUUUUGUUAUUGUUUUCCUUUUUUUAAUAAUAUGUAAAGUGCAGUCAUCUGUUUUCCUGCAUAUUGUAUAUAUCUGUAUAUGUUUUAUUGAGUAACUAAAUAACAAUAAAUAUGAUGUUAAAGGUG